GAAACCCUCGCCUUCCUGAUCGAACCCUCCCCAUACAGUCGCAAACCAUAGCUCAACUCGCUGUUUAGUACUUCCUCGAGCUUCGAUUUCUGCAUCAGAAAUGGCCGAUCAGAGUGGGGACGUCUGCAGUUUCUUUAAGAAGCCUUCAAGGAACAAGAACAUUCGGAAGAGGACUGCCACUGAAUCCCCCGAAGAUGAGGACAACGGCGACCGAAGUCCCCAAACCUCCCUCCCUUCUCAAAGACCAAAGAAAACCAUUGCAUCCGACAAGGCACUUCAGUUCUCCACCGCAGCUCCUUCCUCAAAGUCAUCCGGUAACGAUGUUGGCGAACCAGAGCCGAAGAGCGAGGCCGACAUCUUCCACUACGAGUCGUCCAAGCUGAUCCAGGUUCAGAAUGACAGCGGCGCCACUGCUUCUCUACAAACCGAGACAGAGUUCGAUCGUGACGCGCGUGCGAUCCGCGAACGAGUCCUCAAACGGGCUGAGGAGUCUCUUAAGGGGAAAUCCAGGUCGGAAACUAGCGACGCGAAGGUCUAUCAUGGCAUUCACGGUUACACAGAUUACAAGGCUGGAUUCCGCCGCGAACAGACAGUUGCUGGCGAGAAGGCCGGCGGUGCGCACGGCCCGCUGCGCGCGUCAGCGCAUAUCCGUGUCUCGGCAAGGUUCGACUACCAGCCGGACAUCUGUAAGGAUUAUAAGGAGACUGGCUACUGUGGUUUUGGGGAUGCGUGUAAGUUUAUGCACGAUAGAGGCGAUUAUAAGUCUGGGUGGCAGUUGGAGAAGGAUUGGGAUGAGAGAGAGAAGGCAAGGAAGAGAGCUUUGGCCAUGGGUGGCGGCAGGGAGGAUGCAGGUGGUGAGAAUGAUGAAGAUGAUGAUGACAACCUUGAGUUGCCGUUUGCUUGCUCUAUAUGUAGGAGACCUUUCGAGGAUGCAGUUAUGACCAAGUGCAAGCACUACUUCUGUGAACAUUGUGCUUUGAAGCAUCAUUCAAAGAACAAGAAAUGCUUUAUUUGCAACACACCAACGCUGGGUAUUUUUAAUACAGCACAUGAGAUAAGGAAAAAGAUGGCACAAGAGAAGCAAUAGUUAUGGUACUUGCCCAGCACCCUUUUCCGUAAGUUAUUCUUAAUGAUUUUUUUUUUUAAACUUUUCUUUUGUUUUGGGGUGUUGAGUUCAACCAGCAUCCUCUAGCAUGCGAAUUCGCUUAUUACUUAUUGAAACGCUGGUGGAGUUGAAUGCAUCCCUAAAUGGUAUACAAGUGCUCAGGGAUUUCAUUAUAUUUGUGCUCUAAUUUUUAUCUUUUUUAUGAAAUUGUAUAUUUCUAUUUCCAAUGGGUUGGUUUCGCUGGCUUAGUGCAUGAGUAGAAAAGUGGA